UCAUAUUUCAGUAUUUGCGGUACACUACACUCAGUUGACCAGUACCUAAACAUCAAACUGACAGAUAUCAGUGUGACAGACCCGGAGAAAUAUCCGCAUAUGCUGUCUGUGAAGAACUGCUUCAUCCGGGGCUCAGUGGUACGCUAUGUCCAGCUUCCGGCUGAUGAGGUGGACACUCAGUUACUUCAGGACGCAGCAAGGAAGGAGGCCGUGCAGCAGAAACAGUGA